CCCAGGCUCUAGCUUCGGAAAUCUUCGGAGAGCUGAGGGGAGGAGCAGAAGCAGGAUUGUACGGGAAGCAAAUUUGCCCCUCACAGCGGCCGUGCUGCGAUGGCGUCUCCGCGGACCGUUACAAUUGUCUCCCUGUCUGUGGCUCUCGGUCUAUUCUUCGUUUUUAUGGGAACAAUAAAGCUGUCUCCGAGACUGAGCAAGGACGCUUACAGCGAGAUGAAACGGGCUUACAAAAGUUAUCUGAAGGCACUCCCAGGUCUAAAGAAGCUUGGUAUUACCUCUGUCCUAUUAAGAAAAACCAUUGGAUCCCUGGAACUUGCAUGUGGAAUUGUUCUCACAUUGGUCCCUGGACGUCCUAGAGAUGUUGCCAAUUUUGUCCUCCUUCUUCUCGUUCUCAUUGUGCUCUUUUUUCACCAACUUGUUGGCGAUCCCUUGAAACGAUAUGCCCAUGCUCUUGUUUUUGGCAUUCUUCUCACUUGUCGUCUGCUUGUUUCACGCCAACCUGAAGAGGAAUUGCAUGACAAGAAGUCAACUCAUGGUCAAAAUGGUGCUACCUCUCAUGACCCCAAAAAAAUUAAGGUGUCUUAAAUUAACUGAUUCACAUUUUAUAAGGAUUCCUCAGAGUUGUUUCAUAAUCUUCCAUUUGACCUUGCAUUUAUAAAUUUAAGGUAAAUCUGUAUUAAAGUAUCUCAGGAAAGUCUAUGAAAAGAUAUGUUGGGGACAUAUUGCAUUUGAACAACUUGGUAUAAAAAUCAGAGCCCUGGAAAGUGAAAAAAAAUUUUUUUUUGUAAACAUGCAGGAUUCUGCCAGCAAAAAAGCAAAACGCAUCAUAACCGUUUUCAACAUGAGAUGGCAGUAAAACUACGUCUUUUUAAUCGCUGAUAUGAUCAUCUCUCUGUUACAAUUAAUUCCAAUUCAACUAGUUCUUACAAAGACAUUUAUAACUAACAGAAGAUAUAACCAUAUUUAGGCGAUCUACCCUGCCACAGAAUUAAUCCCAAUAUGGCACUACUGAGCACGCAUAUAAUAAAGAAAAGAUAAUGUGAAACUCGCA